GAACAUUUGGAACGGAGAUUUUGUGCUGUCGUGGUUGAUCGGUAUUUUAAGGUCUAGUCAAGUAGUCAUUGGAUUUUAGGUAAAUUUUCGUUAUUUUGAGGCGUUCCUGUUACUCCGUCUAUUUCGCUUUAAAAUGAUUGAAUUUACGAUAAAAACGUUAGAUUCUAACAAUCACAGUUUUUCUGUGGACGAUGAGAUCACAGUCCAACAGCUCAAAGAAAAAGUGAGGGAAUCUAUGGGCAUUGAGAUCCAUUUACAAAGACUUAUAUUCUGUGGGAGGGUUUUGCAAGAUGAAAAGAAAUUGGCAGAAUAUGAUGUAAAUGGCAAAGUGGUGCAUCUCGUGCAGAGGGCACCCCCGAGCCCAGUAUCGAGACACAAUGUGCACGCGCACAUGCACGGUCACCACUCCCACAGUAAUUCUCACUCUACCGCCAGCAAUUCGACACCUAACAUUGAUCACACGCAGAAUGCAGGCGCCCAAGCACAGAUUCGGAGACUUAUGGCCAUGGCUGGUGCUCCUAGUUUCCUUAUGGAAGAACAGCAACACGCGAUGUCUAUAUCUCCCACAACGGGACGCUUGGAGCUAAUUCGUCGGCUCGUAGGAGAAAUUAAGACCUCUCUUGCCAACUUGGAGGCGCAUAUCAACGAUGAGGAGAAUUCUGGUGCAUCCAGCAGUGAGCCGCAAAUAGAAAAUAUGGAAAGUGAACUCGGUACGGGUGCGACUCAGGAAGAGCCCGAGCCACAACUGGAUGAAAAUGGUGAGGAAGCCCCCGAUGCAGCCACCAGAGCUGCUAAUGCACGACGCAGAGCCAUGCGCGCGCUGCGAGCUCGUCAUUCCCGGCCGCGGGACCUGGGCAUUCUUAUCGAGGAAUUGGAACAACUACUUGAGCAGUUUGCUCCACAUCGCGCUGUGUACAUCAGGAUGCUACGAGAAGCCAGCACAGGAGAGCUCAAUGCCACGCCACCCCAGUUAUCUGAAGAGGAGCGACUCAGCCAGCAGCGCACCGUGGAAAUGAUAUGCGAUAUCAUGCAUAGCUUCGCGCACGCAUUUCACGCCGUCAGUGACAUAAAUUUCCAAGUAGGACAACGCAGCCCGCGCCUUUCCUCUGAAGCCGCUGUUAUACGUCAUCCGAUACCAAUGCAGGCGCAUAUCAACGUGGUUUCUAAUCGGCGUGCAAACCAGCAAUCAAAUUCUAACGCUACUGCUAAUGGUACUGGUGAAAUGCCGGCAACUCAAACGGGAGCCAGUGCUACACCGCCAUCGGAAGGCCCAACUCAGAGCCAAGCCAACGCACAAGCAGGCAGGGGUCCGACCGCACCAUCGGAUCCUAUCACUUACCAAGUAGAGAUAGAGACGAGGAUGCCUAUUGCGUUCGCUUUAGAGAACGCUCUGCUAAACGGGCUAGUAAAUAACGGUGGUGGCGCGGGCGGCCUGCAUCAACCCCAGCAACAGGCGGCAGACCAAAACCAGCAGCAAAACUCGCCCGGCCAGCAAAACUCGGAUGGUGCCGGAGCCGGUGCACAAGAUGCAGCGGGGCAAGGGCAGGCUAAUAGACGUCAGGUUCUGUUAGAUUUCGAGAAUCUGUUCAGAGGAUUAGGUCAGGCUGCCACUACUGCCAGUCUUGGUGGGGUGGAAGUAGUGAUGAGCAUGGAGGAGAUCCCCGGUGGAAUGAGUCCCGGUGGUUUAGGCGCGGCUGCAGCGGCCGCGGCCGCAGCGGCCGCCGGCAACGCGGCUGCGGGCGCCGCCGGCGGUGCUGGUGCUGCCGGCCUCAAUCAAACGGCUCCCUCAUCUGGCAUGCCUGAUGGUGCAGUAUAUCUGGGUUCGACAUGGGGCGGACCGCCGACCGCUGACUUACUGCAGAACAUUGUCUCGUCCGUCAUCCGCCAGGGGCUCGUACCCGGCGUAGAGGGCGUCACUCUACAGAUGCCCCAGAGCCAACAUCAGUCCCAGGGUCACGGACUCAACAAUCAAGGCGGUGCGGAUCAAGCCGGUAACCAGUCGCGACCUGGGCAAGGUGGCCAAGGACAGAGGCCAAACCUACAGCUGCGUCGCGCUACGACUACCACUCGUGCGCAAGCCGUAUCGGUCACCAACGUCGUGUACGAUCGUUUCCUCCAAUGCGAAAGCGUUUACGGUCGUCGCCGUGUGCAAAGACGCCGGGAAGCACACCAACAAUCAAUUGCUGCUCAGGAGCGCAUGAGAGCCUACAGGCUUCACGCCCAGAGCAUCGAAACGUUGCGCGAACGCAAUAACAAUAUCACACCGAGCCACAUGCAGACAUUACUUCGGCUGCUUAACGGCGCUCCAUCGCCAGAGGCCUAUUUCAACGCGUUCAUGGUUGCCGUAGCCCGUCAGUUGUUCUUAGUGGAGCCAAUGCAAGGGCAAGCGGUUGGCUCACCGGAGCCGCCACUAGUGCCCAACGAAUUCACGUCGCUGCGGCUACUUCUGCGCAACUACGCCGAGGAGAUGCUCGCGCGCUGCGGCGGCAACGAGACCGACAGCCGCACUUUCGUUAAUGUUGCUGACUACUUCAUUGACCAACAUGCAGACUUUAUCAGUGCAAUGAGCAGCCUCACUCCGAUCCGCGCUGAUGUCGACCUCCACGAGUCUCUGCAAUCAUUGCUGCGCAGCCGCGUGCCGGCCAUCAUCGCCUUAUGCAUGUCGGAUUCGGCAACGGAGCACUUUUCCGCGCGAUAUUAUCAGCUGCUGGCGAGACUAUUCCUCGACAUGUGUGCCAUAAUCACUUACGUCUGCGAGAACGGUGGCGAUGGAUUGCGCAUUAUAUUCACUGCGUUUUUGGACCGAUCGAGUCAUGGCUUCGGCGAAGCCGCACGGCAGCUUCUUACGACCUUGAGCAUGGAAAAUCUCAACGCAGUCCAAACCAACGUUAACCCACAUAUUGAGAACAUCUUGUCCUUUAUCCGGAGAAGGGAAAUCGGCCCAGUGCCAUCCGCUAUGGAGGUAUCUCCAUCGGCUCCACCACUUGAGCCAAUGCAAAUAUCCCCACCGGGGACUCCGAUGACGGCCGAGCAGUCUCCUCGCCCCAUGCACUUGGAAGAUAACGCAGUGUGUGCUUCUUCGUCCACCUCCAAGGUCACUCCAACCGCCACUGCUACAAGCGCCACUGCCUCGCCAUUGCGGCAGAACAGGACCCCACCGAAAAUUGAAAUCACAGAAGCCACGCCACCGCGACGUAACCGCGACCGUCAGCCAAUCAACAAUGACGAAGAUGAAGUGCGAUUUGUGCCGCCAAUGUUAAUCCUGCAACACUGGGGCGAGGAGUGGGUGCCGGUGUUCACGCGCGACCAGCAGGCUCAGCAGCAACACCAACAGGAGCGCCAAGAACCCUAUAGCGAUGCCUACCUCUCGGGCAUGCCUGCCCGUAAGCGUCGUUGUGUGCGCCAAAAUCGCCCGGCGACGUCAUUCCAGCCGUUUAUUAACGAGACAGUUCGCGAGGCAGUGGAACGCACCCAAGGUGCUACGGUACAGCCCGUGGCUACCAUCACAGAAUCACAGUUGGCAAUGCGACAUGCUUUCCGAGAGCGCAUGCGCAAUAUUUCAAGGACCCGCGCCGCAAACUCCGAGGACUAUGACCCGUCGCAAUGUGCAACUGUCGAGCGGUUCCUUGCGCCUGCCAAGUCACCUAACAAAGAUCCCGAAAACAAGAAAUGAAUGGAUGAAUGAACUUGUGAUGGAAGAAAUAACAAUACCAUGGUACUAAAUCGAUUUAUUAGUGCAAUAUGUUUUCGCAAUUGUAAUUUAAGUAUUUUUAUGCAUGUUCCAUUAGCAUAAAUUCUGAUUCUCACUGUAUGAUUGGUAUUGUUUCGUCAAAUUAUGAAACUUGUCAUUCAGACGACAAAACUGUAAAUUUUUUUGACUUUGUGAAAACUUAAACGUAAUAUACAGUAAUUUUUUUUAUAUAGGACAGUGUGGAGAAAUCCGAAACCAUACAAGAUACCAGGAAACUGUCUUAGGAACCGUUAUAGGACAAUAUUAUAAACGUAACCUAUAUCAACUUUAUAACCCCAGCUUCUACAGUCUGUAUUCAAUUCACUUUUUUGGUGCUAUGAUGAUGAAUCACAAGUAUGGAUAGGUGUAUUUAAUAAACGUCGCGUCGUCUAAAACACUGGGUCAUAAAAUACUCGGGUUGUCGCCAUCCUUCUUUGAUCAACUUCUGCUGACCCGGUUUUUUCCCCAUACAAUGAAAUACUUAUAAAAAACUGAGUCUAUUAGCUUUAAAUAAAAUUAGUCAAUUUUAUUGAUUUUGUAAUAAAAAUAUUUUAUGAAAUUUGACCAACUUCGGCAGUCCCGAUUUUUGUUCCAUAUAAUGAAAUGAUUCUAUUAUGAAAUAAGAGUCGAUUAGCACUAAAAAAUUUUUUAAUUUAUAUUUAUUUUUAUCAAUAAAUUUGACUUGAUUUUUUAAUCAAGCUUGACCAAAAAGUUUACUGUGCCAAAAUUGUUUUCACAAAAAGAAACUCAAUGGUUCCUAAUUCAGUGUCCUUGUAUCUUCUAUGGUUUCGGAUUUCCCCAUACUGCCCCAUUUAAAAAAAAACACUGCUUAGAAGAUGUGCACUAUAUAGGUAUAAAGAUGAAUAUUUACUCAACUAUUUGAAUUUAUUUUUACAACCCUAUUCCCAUGUUGACGCAAUUUUUUCUUCUUUACGUUUUUAUUUCCGCACGAUUUCAUAUCAAGGUAUCUGAGAAAAGGUACAAUUUUGACCAUUUUUUGUUUUUAACCAUAUCUCGGUCGGCAAUUCCGGACUCGAAUUGUGUGGUGACCCUUUUUAGUAACACUAUCUAUCUCUACAACUAAUACAUGUAUUCAAUUUUUAUCGUUAAAUAACUUUUAAAUAUAAGUCUUAUUGAUAUAUUAGAUCAGUUAUAAAUGCUAGCAGUGUCAAAUAGGGGUUUGACCUCGGUUGACCUCGGUCAAUGUUUGAGAGAUUAAUUUUUUCUUCAGUUUUUAUUUGAUUUAAUAAUGAAGGUGCUUUUUUAAAAUUGUGAUUUAGUAAUGUGCGGCUUAUGAUUAAACGUGCUUUCGGGUCAAUCAACUGUUAUUUGUACAUUCAUAUGUCGUACACAAAAUUCGCUAAAUUGAAUGUAGUUACCGGUGGCUUUGGAGACAUUACAAAGGCAUUUUAAGAUUCAAAAUGUUCAAUUUAGUAAUGCUAACUGCGAUUACUUAUUUACGAUAGCUUUACAAUACUGUUAUUUUUCCAAAUCGCUGAAUUAUUUUGCAAACAAGCUUAUAAAAAAUUUCGUAACUUUGAAGACACAAAUUUAUUGUUAAUUUUACGAAUAGUACUUUAUUUUUAGUAUCAUAGUAAUGCUGUCAAAAUAGCCUAAAAGAGAAAAUGCCGGACGCAUUUUGAUAUAACGAAAACUGUUCAGCCAAUAACUGAAUUGCCCCGGUGCAUGUUUUAAUUAAAAAGAUGAAUAACACCAUUUUUUUAAUUACUUUUUCAAAUUUUUUGGUCAAUUUUGUCUACCAGACUUUUUAUAUUUUUACGUGGCCAUUCCUUCUAGCAAUAACUAAACUACGACCUUACCAUACUACUCAUUUGUGUAUUAAUGUAAUGGUACCACAUUGUGACACCCUUUUUGAAAGUAGUGAUCAUUCUGAUUUUUGUCUAUAGUUCGCUACUAUGUACUUGUAUAUAACAAAAAUAUAAAACAUUGUAAAAUUCGUUAUUGCUUGUUCUUCAUUGUGGUAACCGAACGACUCAGCUCUUAGGGGCUCUCUUUUUUCCCUCUUGCUUUUAACCAAACAUAUAUCUACGUAUCAACCGCAUCUAAGUGCAGCGUUGUAUCGGUAGCGAAAUCGUCGCUGAAUUUCUGCACGUCCAGUUCAAGUUAGAGUUGAUAGUUAUGACAAAAUAGUGGCCCAUAGUCUGAAGUCAGUAGAAGCGGGUUUUCGAGGGGUGUGGCGCUGCUCCAUUUUUUUUGUUAGUCAUUUCUACAGCCACCUGUGGUAUCAGCAUGCCAGAAUGCUUUUAGUUUCUAAACUCGCGUGUUCAUUUCAAUAACCAUACACCUAAUUUGCCGUGGCUUACUUUAUACUUGCCACAAGUUCACAAAGACAAUUGUCGUAGCGACGUAAAAUUUUCAAUUUGUGUGGCCGUUCGCGCAGCGACCUUAACUGGCACAAGAAGGUUACCAUUUUGUUUUCAAAUAUGUUAAGCAGGCGCUUGGCGACAACUGUCAUUGUAAACUCAUAAGUGGGGUACAGCACUCUGAACUUACUUAAUUAUCUCUUAAGCUAACUUAAACGUAUUGUUGAAAAUUGCCCAAUGUUUCUGUUAUGUACAUAAAUACCAACUUGUUUUUGUUGGUUCUGUAAUCAUUCAAUAUUCGCGUUUCGUCUAUUUGACAUCGUAUUUUGCACCUGAUUAAAAUUUCCAGCAUGUAUGUAGUAGUGUCAUGUUCAAACCGCGCCAAUGUAAAUGAUCUGAGCGUUGAUUUUGAAUAUUGUUAAAAAAUUACUAACAUUAAAGACGUUUCUUUCUGCUUUUACGAUUAUAUAUUAAAAAAUAUUUACAGUACUUCAAUCAAAUUGUACGGACAACGGCACAUCAG